AUGGGUGAUUAUAAUGUUGUAUUGAAUUUAGAAGAUAGACAAAAAGGCACUCCAUUCAAGGAUGUGGAAACUAGGGAUUUUCAAGAUUGCCUUGAUGAUUGUGGAUUAACAGAUCUACACUAUGUAGGAAGGUCUUAUACAUGGACUAAUAACCAUGUUUAUAGCAGGAUUGAUAGGGCCAUUGUCAAUUCUACAUGGAUAACACAGAUGACCUCAGAACGAGUGCUGAUUAUGGAGCCAAACUUUUUUGAUCAUUCUCCUUUAUGGAUCAGGUUCCAGCAGUUAUCACAAAAUAGAGAGAGAUCUUUUAAAUUCCUCAACUGCCUAGUGGAAAGCCCUCAGUUCAUGCCUCUCGUUGCAGGCCGUUGGAAACAUACUGACUCACAUGUGAACUUGAGAACAACAUGGAAUAAGCUAAAGGUUGUGAAGUAUCAUUUGAAGACUUUAAAUACUACACAGUUUAGAGGAGUGGAGGAAAAACUAAACACUAUCAGAAGUCAGCUGAAACAAGUUCAAGUCCAGAUGGGGAAUAGCAUACCAACACCACAACUUAUUGCAGAUGAAAAAGAGCUAAAAAUACAACUAGAGAAGUGGAGUAAAAUUGAGGAAAGUGUAUAUAGGCAAAAAUCAAGAAUACAGUGGUUGAGGUUGGGCGAUUCUAAUACUGCCUAUUUUUUUGCCAAUAUGAAGAAUAAACAGUCCUUGAACCACAUAAGGAACCUCGGUAAUGCUCAAGGUUGCAUCUUACAAACUGAUUCAGAAGUACAAAGUGAGAUACUUGGGGUUCUAUAA